AUGCAUCUGUUCUACAGGCAUCGUCCCGGACUUGGCCAAUGUCUUUCGGCGUUCGCCUCGUGCUUCCCGAUAGCCUUCCUUGAGCCGGAGUUCAACAAAAAUAACAAAUACUCGGUUUUGGCCAAAUCACAGGAGCAGUCAGUACAAGUUCAAGAAAUGCUGCAAAACCUAUCCACUCACAUCCCGCACAUCGAAAAAUUGCUGUCGGAUAUUGAACAGGUUGCCAAUAAUGGAGUGAUGUACGCUGAACAACCAAACAUUUACGAUGUGGACCUACCGCUAAUGUGCUCAUACCUUGCUUAUUGGUUCAACAUUGGACCGGAUAGCCGCAAGAACGAAAAGGGAGCUGAUAUCGCCCUUUCUAGGCUUCCGAUGACUUCGGUCAAUGCUGAUCAUAUAAACAGAAUCUUCUGCGCAUUAUUGAGGAUGGUCCGCAACCAUAUAGGUGUCGAGAAUGCGCCAUGGUUGUGCCGAACAAAUUUCUUCGCCGUGCAAAUUAUUCAAAAUGUCACCUGCGAUCCGGUGAAGGAUUAUGUGCUUCCCAUCGCUGAACGCCUUCGCAGAAUGAGCGAGAAAGCAUUCCGAGAAGAAGAACAUAUGCGAACGCAUCCAGAUGAUGCUGAUGAAGGAACUGUAGCUGAGGUGAGUGUUUCAGAGACUUCGUGCCAGCGCUGUGCCAGCGGCGCCACGCCGCCUCGUAUUGAUUGAUC